GGCUUUGCGGGGGGAGCAUGGAGGUGCUUCCUUGCUCACGCGUGGCCCACAUUGAGCGGAAGAAGAAGCCAUACAACAGCAACAUCGGCUUCUACACCAAGCGAAAUGCUCUCCGGGUUGCUGAGGUCUGGAUGGACGAUUACAAGUCUCAUGUAUAUAUCGCGUGGAACCUGCCGCUGGAGAAUCCGGGGAUUGACAUAGGCGAUGUCUCUGAAAGAAGAGCAUUAAGGAAAAGUCUGAAGUGUAAGAAUUUCCAGUGGUACCUGGACCACGUCUACCCAGAAAUGAGAAGAUACAAUAACACCAUUGCCUACGGGGAG